CACUGUAUGGCAAAUAAAGAACCCCCAAAUCAUCGUAACCAUGUUACUCUAAUAUAAUAAAACUCAGGUUUUUGUGCCUAGAAUAAAUCUUUGCUGCUGCUGCUGCUGCGUUCGAAACACUGGAGCUUGGCAUUCAAUCAAACUGCAUGUCGUUGAUGGAUGCAGUGCCAAGAUUGGGCGAUCGGUGCAUGUCGGCCAUCGGUGGUGGUGAUCUCAAAAUCGCAAGUCAGAAACGAGAGAUACGCGCGCCACAAAUUGCUAGCAUGCGGGUGUUGUUUAUUUUAAUGUUCCUCGUUAGGCCGCAACCAACAAUUCAAACUCGGUCCUUGACGUGAGAUUCCUCGUUUUCCCGUGACGAAGGUCUCCUGCCUGAAAGCUGAUGUUUCAAUCCGACCCUUUCACGUCACGAGUGGAAUGUGGGUAUAAAACAAACAUUGAUGCAGGCCUCGUAGAACUUGCAAUUGUCGUAACUGACUGCAUCUAUAGGCGCGCGCACAUUCACAAUGGCAGAAUGAUAAAGUCUACACUAAUGUAAGCCCGGUGCACCGCGACUGUCAGUGCUGAUUGCCGUCGCCAUCGUUCGGGAGAUAUCGUUUGUGGCCGGUCCGAUGCGAUGAGCGUUGCAUCUUUUCAUCCCAUCUUCGAUGUUGUUGCAUGCUUGCUAUAUGGUGUUGCUUCGAAGGCUUUGUUGACUUGCUUUAGGGUGCGAAGCGAAUCGAAAGGGCUCGAUAUCCGCGGUCGCAGCUCUUGCGUGAAGUUGGUCUCGGUGAUGGAGUUUCAGUUGCUGAACUUUUGUAAUUUUUUAGCACUUUUCAGUAGCUAAGUCUAACGGGUUUGAGGUUUCUCCGCAUUCUGGAAAGAAUGUUGGCCGCGUUUCGUUUGUUUUCCGAGGGUUCCUCAGCUGGACGUGCUGCACUAGAUGAUGAAUGACAGUCGACGAGCUCCGUGGAUCAAUUUGAAAGCUUGUAAAGGUUCCGCAAUCACCUCCCGAAAAAGGCUACUUCAUACGAUCAGUUCCUACAUUCGUUGUCAGAGAGGUGUAAUCUUUUUGAGAUUACUGAGCUGUUCUGUUUUCUCCCCACUCAUCUUUUGUAAUUGGUUCACUUUCAUGCCGCAUGAUGAUUAUCUGCAGCGAACAAGUAAAUCCCAUCAUUUUCUAAAAUCUCGAUCACCCAAGUAACCAAAACCUUCUUGCAUUCUUUCUCCCUCCGCCUGAAUCCACCGCAACAGGAGUAGAACUUAGCAGUGAUGACACUUUGACAUAACCCUUUUCUUCACUCCGAGCUCGUGAUUGUGUUCGUAGGGAAUUCGGGAAUAGCGAGUACGAGGUUUUUCGGUCGCGGUGAAAAUGAGCUCUUGCUCUCCUCCACUAACCUUGGCUGCAUCGUGGUCGAAGAGUGAUUCUCUGGCGAUGAUGUAAGUUGAUGCUUCAAGCGAGCUCAUGUCACAGUGCAAAUCUGAGAUUUGAUUGGGGUGAAGAAUUCUAAAUGCAGGACAGACACGAGUUAUUGAAGUUGCUAGUGCUUACAGACGCAGAUCCAGAUUUAUGCUGAACUGGAAUUGGACGUCGUAAAGCACCCAAAGGAGAGGUGAAAAAUUAGUCGCCAUGAUGGCCACGAUCAACAAGUCGAAUUCAAUGAGGCGGUCAAUGUCCGGGAGAUUCAUCUCCUUCGAAUCGAGCUUCUCCUGGAUCAGCUUCGUCAUAAUCCUCAGCUGCGGAUGUUCCUGUGUAUAUUUGUUGCAUUCCGUGGUACUGAGUAGGCACAAGUUCUCAACCGUGCACAACUUUUCAUCUUCGGUCACCCAAUGCGAUACCAAUAUUUUCACGGUUGAGCAGUCGUUGUUCGCUUCCUCUACCAAAGAUCUGAAUCGGACCCAGAUGGAGACUGUGAAACGUACCCAGGCUCAACCAAAGGAGGGAGCAGCUCUUUCUCGAGUGGUGUUUGCGAUUGCAGGGGCUGCGAAGAAUUGGCCUAAAAGGAAGGAAUAUGUCAAGAAGUGGUAUAACUCAGCUGAAGGCGUACGAGCAAUUAUAUGGCUUGACAAGCAGGUGAAUGAGACGUGGGAGCCGGACGCUCCUCCUUUCAAAGUUUCGGGUGAUACUUCGAGAUUUUCAUACACUUUCAAGGGAGGGAGGAGAUCCGCGGUUCGACUUGCGAGAAUUGUUUCUGAAACUUUCAGGUUAGAGCUGCCGGACGUGGACUGGUUCGUGAUGGGCGACGACGACACGUUUUUCUUCCCCAUGAAUCUGGUGAAAGUGCUCUCCAAAUACGACCACAGGAAGAUGUAUUACAUCGGAAGCAACUCCGAGACCCACUCGCAGAACGUCUUCUUCUCCUUCAAACAGGCAUUUGGUGGCGGAGGAUUUGCCAUCAGUUACGGAUUGGCCAUGGAGCUCGCCCCCAUGCAAGACUCCUGCCUACUGAGAUACCCGCAUUUGUAUGGUAGCGAUGACCGCGUGUUCGCGUGCAUGUCAGAGCUCGGAGUGUCCCUCACCAAAGAGAGCGGCUUUCACCAGAUGGACAUCCAAGGAGAUCCCACGGGGUUACUAGCGACGCAUCCUCAGACUCCUCUAGUGAGCAUACACCACAUGGACCUUUUCUACCCCAUCUUCCCCAACCGCACAAGACUAGAAGCCAUGGAUCAUUUACUCAAAGCUGCGGAGGUUGAACCCUACAGCCUUCUGCAACAAUCAAUCUGUUACGCAGAUCAUGGGAAUUGGUCAAUAUCCAUCUCAUGGGGUUACGUGGUGCAAGUCUACAAAGGCUUUCUGACCCCAAAAGACCUGGAGACACCCUUGCGGACAUUCAACACGAUCCGCCGGAAGAACGCCGACGUCGACUUUUCGUUCAACACUCGCCCGGUUCCCCAGGGGUUGUGCAUGCGACCCUCGCUGUACUACAUGCAGUCGGUCAAUGGCUCCAGUGCAAGAAUUGAUGGCUUGAUUGAAAGCAUAUAUAGGAAGACGAACGAUUUGAAAAGACAAGGAAAGUGUGCCGAGAAAUUGCGACCUCUGACCUCGGUCCACAGGAUCCGGGUCUUGAAGGAGCCAACGAAGGACUCGUGGUUUGAGGCGCCCCGAAGAUCGUGCUGCCAAGUGAAGGACUGGAGCACAGAUUCUAUCGAAGUGCACUUGACAGGUUGUCAACAUGGUGAAACUUUCCUGGGCAUCACCGAGUAACCUCACGCUUCGCUUCGUAUCGCAGUAGAGGGACAGAUGGAGGCCCCAAAAGGUUCCAAGAGUUUGCGAAACUUCCCUUCUUUUGACCGAUGCUGAAGAGUAGUUUAAUGUGGAAACAAUUCUCUCAUGUAGCUCUUCAUUUAAUCGUCGACAGUAGUGCACACAAGAUUUAGUGUAGGAAGACCUGGGUAUGGUUUCAGGAUGAAGAGGUUGAGAUUAUUGUCUUCACAACUUGUGAGAAAUUAACCUAUUUACCUUGACUGCUUGAAUUUUGGUGACCAUGCCAAAUCUCACAAUAAAAUUCAGUUUGCUCUUUGUGGAUGCAAGAGAACUCAGCAUCUCUUCGGGCAUAUCAGGGCAAUUGUGUGUUGUGCUUUGUUUGCUGUUUUCUCGAAAGGGGACUCUUGUGCACCUGACCUCCGAUGUUCGCUUCACGAUAAACACAUCGAUAUUGUAGACAAGGUUCGGGUAGAAAAUUCGAGUAUCUCUGGAGCGAUUGUAACAUUAUCUAUGGUCGGAGAAGUGGAAGAAUCUCUGCAUGUUCUGAUGUCAUCUCAGUGGCCGCGGUGGUGACAAGCAUGGGGGAAUCAUCACAGCACAACUAGUUCAAUCACGAUCGUCAAAGCCAGAUUCCAGACAGUUGUUGGAGCUACACAAGAGGAUUUCUGAACUGGAAACCUCGAAAAUCGGCCCUCGAAAUCGACGUGCGUAAGUCUCUUUCCCUCUGCAUGACAUCGAUCUCGGGCUACGAAAAUUCGCUAGCGACUAUUCUUAGCGAUUUGGGCUUCCCGAAAGAAAGUUUAUUUUAUUGCGCGAUCUAGUGGCCCACUCCUGCUCGUGAAGAUCUUGGUCUUCUAAUAAUGCCCAUUCCAAUGUGGCUGACGAAGCAAGAUAUGAGCUUCUCAGCAUGGAUACUCCAAUCAAGCUCUCACCGAGUCGGAGAACUUUGGGGUCCCACAGAUGAGCUCUCAGAGCUUGUGUCAAAGAUACUAUUCCAGCUUGGCUCAUUCAUGCACAGGAAGCGGCUCCUUGAAACUUCAAUUUGCGGCAGCAACAGCGAGAAGCCCUGGAACUAGGACCUUUGCAAAGCAGCGCUGCGGCGGAGCGUCCAUGCAGGGCACAAGCUCCAUUUUAAGUGGAAAUCGUGUGCUUUUUCUUUGUGUCUGGACCUCAUGCAGUAUAGUUUCUUCUUUUAUUGCUAGAUAGUCCUUUUUUAAAAAUCAUUUUGAGAUACAAAUCAUUUUUACAAAUCA